GCCGUGCCGGGCAGCAUGGGGCUGCCGGCGCUGGAGUUCAGCGAGUGCUGCCUGGACAGUCCGCAGUUCCGGGAGCGGCUGCGCUCCCACGAGGCCGAGCUGGAGAAGACCAACAAGUUCAUCAAGGAGCUCAUCAAGGACGGGAAGUCGCUCGUCGCCGCCCUCAAGAACCUGUCGGCCGCCAAGCGCAAAUUCGCCGAUUCCCUCAACGAGUUCAAAUUCCGCUGCAUCGGCGACGCCGAGACCGACGACGAGAUCUGCAUAGCCAAGUCUCUGCAGGAGUUUGCCACGGUGCUGCGGAACCUGGAAGACGAGCGGAUGCGCAUGAUCGAGAACGCCAGCGAGGUGCUGAUCACGCCGCUGGAGAAGUUCCGCAAGGAGCAGAUUGGGGCUGCCAAGGAUGCCAAAAAGAAAUACGACAAGGAGACUGAGAAAUACUGUGGUGUCCUAGAAAAACACUUGAACUUGUCUUCCAAGAAGAAAGAAUCCCAGCUUCAGGAGGCAGACAGCCAGGUGGACCUGGUUCGGCAGCACUUCUACGAAGUCUCCUUGGAAUAUGUCUUCAAGGUGCAGGAGGUCCAGGAGAGGAAGAUGUUUGAGUUUGUGGAACCUCUGCUGGCCUUUCUGCAGGGGCUGUUCACAUUCUACCACCACGGCUACGAGCUUGCAAAGGACUUCAGUGAUUUCAAGACAGAGCUGACAAUCAGCAUCCAGAAUACAAGAAAUCGCUUUGAAGGAACCAGGUCAGAGGUUGAAGCUUUGAUGAAGAAGAUGAAGGAGAAUCCCCACGAGCACAAAAACAUCAGCCCUUACACCAUGGAGGGGUAUCUCUACGUGCAGGAGAAGCGUCACUUUGGGACUUCCUGGGUGAAGCAUUACUGCACCUACCAGAGGGAAUCCAAGCGCAUCACCAUGGUGCCCUUUGACCAGAAGUCAGGAGGAAAAGGGGGGGAGGAUGAAGCUGUCACCCUGAAAUCCUGCACACGGCGGAAAACAGACUCCAUUGAGAAGAGGUUCUGCUUUGAUGUGGAGGCUGUGGAUCGGCCGGGUGUCAUCACCAUGCAGGCGCUUUCGGAGGAGGACCGGCGGCUGUGGAUGGAGGCGAUGGACGGCCGGGAGCCGGUGUACAACUCGAACAAGGACAACCAGAGCGAAGGCACUGCCCAGCUGGACAGCAUCGGCUUCAGCAUCAUCAAGAAGUGCAUCCACGCUGUGGAAACAAGAGGGAUCAAUGAGCAGGGGCUCUACCGGAUCGUCGGGGUGAACUCCAGAGUUCAGAAGCUGCUGAGUAUAUUAAUGGAUCCCAAGACAGCCACAGAGACAGACACAGAGAUCUGUGCAGAGUGGGAGAUCAAGACCAUUACUAGUGCACUGAAAACGUACCUGAGAAUGCUCCCAGGGCCCCUCAUGAUGUACCAGUUUCAAAGGAGCUUCAUCAAAGCAGCGAAACUAGAGAAUCAGGAGUCCAGGGUGUCGGAGAUCCACAGCCUCGUUCAUCGGCUCCCGGAGAAAAACAGGCAGAUGCUGCACUUGCUCAUGAACCAUUUGGCAAAAGUUGCAGAUAAUCACAAGCAGAACCUGAUGACUGUUGCUAAUCUGGGUGUGGUGUUUGGGCCGACGCUGCUUCGACCUCAAGAGGAAACAGUGGCUGCCAUUAUGGACAUCAAAUUCCAGAACAUUGUGAUUGAAAUUUUAAUAGAGAACCAUGAGAAGAUAUUUAACACGGUGCCAGAGGCUCCGGCGUCGAACUCGCAGCUGCUGUUAUCCCGCAAGAAGAGCACGGAGUCGAAGCCUCCCUCGUGCAGCGAGCGGCCGCUGACGCUCUUCCACACGCCCCAGCCCAACGAGAAGCAGGAGAACAGGAACAGCAUCAUCAACUCGAGCCUGGAAUCCGUCGUCUCUUCAAAUGUGAACAGCUUCCUCAACUCCAACAGUGCUCCCCAGCCCAGCCUGAACUCGAGUGAUCUUGAACUGGAAGUAAUUAAGCCCAACAGGCCGAAUUCCCUCCCUCAGAAUCCAAGCCCAACGUCACCCCUCUCACCGUCCUGGCCCAUGUUCUCUGCGCCAUCAAGUCCUAUGCCCACCUCCUCUACGUCCAGCGACUCAUCCCCCAUCAGCUCCCCGCUGCGCAAGGCGCGCGCGCUCUACGCCUGCAAAGCCGAGCACGACUCCGAGCUCUCCUUCACGGCCGGCACCGUCUUCGACAACGUGCACCCGUCCCAGGAGCCCGGCUGGCUGGAAGGGACCCUCAACGGCAAGACAGGACUGAUCCCCGAGAACUACGUCGAGUUCCUAUAACUGUGGGGUGCACAGAGCCACUGCUGAGCAUUCCAUGGUAUCCAUGGCGAGUCCUGCAGGCCCCUGUGCCCUUUGCCACUGCGUGACCGGGGUGAGGACACCCCUGUGCCCGCUGCUGGAUGCUCGUGCGGAUCAGACGUCGCCUCUCGUGGCAUUCCGCGGGGGAGUGGUCCUGGGGAGAUGGGGAGACUCCCCCAGCACCGAGGUGGGGGUGCUUCGAGCCCACAUCCCAGCGAUGGAACACCAGCCAAGGGACAGCCAAGUGCCCCGAGGGGCCGAGCUGAAGACUGGGACUGGCCAGAGCUGCCCCGAGGGGGGGGGGUCCCUGCAGGGGGACAUUCCCCGGCUGCGCAGGGAGCCCAGGGCCCCCCACCCGGCAGGGUCCCACCAAGGAGGAGUCCUGCGCUCCCAGAGCCUUCCCCGUGCUUCCCAAGCACAGCCCUGGGUGCUGCCAGGGAGCACCCCGAGCUCUGGGGCAGGGCUGGGGGGCUGAGUGGGGCAGCCCUGGCCGCUGUCCCCUCCUUGUGCCACCGCAGCUCUUGCGGGCGAGAGCGAGCCCCGGGCGGGCUCUGCAGGGCUGGCAGGGCUCAGCAGGCACCUGCUCGCUGGAGAGAGGAUGUUUUGGACCAAACCUCUCAAACUCUUCUUUUUUAUUUUCAGGAUUUUGACUCUGUGGGGUAAGCCUCAGUCUGUGCGAGGUGGGCAGCCCGUGCUGCCCUCCUGCUGCAGCCCCAGACAAACCCCAGUGCUGUUGUUUGGCUGUUUGGUACCUCCCCUUCCCCAGUCCCACUGUACAGACACAUCCGUGCUCCCAGCAGCGCCCAGGCUGCUGAUGUGCCCUGCUGGAGCUGCCUCUGCCUCUCUCCAGCGUUGCUUUUCGGGCCUCCCCUUGCUUGCAGCCUCGUCCGUGCCAAUCUGUGCAGUGCUGGUUGUGCCAGGUGAAUUAUUUCCAUCCUUGAGGGGCAUUUGCUGUUGGUGUGGCCAAGAUGGGGCUGUGGAGAGCCAGGGAGGAGCCCUUGGGCUGCACCAGCCCGGCUCCUGCCUCCAUGGACACGCCACGAGGGCUCGGCAGGGCGAGCGUGCAAAGCCCUCAUCAUUCCGGGUCCUUUGGAAGGGGGAGGGAGGGAGGAGGAGCCCUGUUUGACUGCAGAGCCGGGAUUCUGAGAGCUGGAAUCAUAUUUUAUAAAAAGAAAGUCUCAGCCCCCAGGCCGCGGCGCUGGGGAUGGAUGUCGUGGCUUUUUGUAACAGUUUUAAAGACUCUGAGUGACUGAA